AUGGUGACCAACGUUCAGGGUGUCAACCCACUCUUCGCGCUGUCUGCAUUCAAUCUGUUUUUCUACCUACUCACGCCGGCAAUCGUAUUAUGGUACAUAUACUUCCGGAUGUCACGCAAGCAGCUCUACGACCUCGCCAGUAAGAUCCCAGGAUCUGAAGGGUUACCUCUGCUGGGAAAUGCGUUGGACUUUAUGCAAGACCCACACACCAUUUUCGACAAGAUUUACGAACGGAGUUUUGAAUUCGAAAGGAAUUCACCCAUCAAGAUGUGGAUCGGUCCCAGGUUGUUGGUUUUCUUGACCGAUCCCAGGGACGUUGAGGUGAUCCUGAGCAGUAACGUGUAUAUUGACAAAUCUCCCGAAUACCGUCUUUUUGAACCAUGGUUAGGAAAUGGUCUGUUGAUAAGCACCGGUGACAAAUGGAGGGCCCACAGAAAAUUGAUUGCGCCGACGUUCCACUUGAACGUGCUCAAGUCGUUCGUGACACUCUUCAACGUCAACAGCCGUGACACAGUCAGUAAGCUCAGAAAAAUGGGCAGCUCCACAUUUGACAUUCACGAUUUCAUGAGCGAGUGCACGGUGGAGAUUUUGUUGGAGACCGCCAUGGGGGUGAGCAAGAAAACUCAAAAGAAAAGUGGUUUUGAAUACGCUGCUGCUGUUAUGAAAAUGUGUGAUAUUUUACAUAUGCGUCAUACCAACUUGUGGCUGAAACCAGAUUUUAUUUUCAAUUUUACAAAGUACGCAAAGGAACAAGUUGGACUCCUUGACCUGAUUCACGGUUUGACGAACAACGUAUUGGCUAAGAAGAAGGAAGAAUUUUUGAAGAAAAAGAGUCUGAUGAAAGAGGUCUCUGACAUUCCAGCAGCUUCUGAGGAAAUCGUUGAAACAAGUUCAACACUUGAAGUAGAAGAAGUACCGUACGGAAACUCAUUUGGGCAGUCUGCUGGUCUGAAAGACGACUUGGACGUAGAAGACGAUGGAAUUGGCGAGAAAAAGAGAGUGGCAUUUUUGGACUUGUUAAUCGAAUGCUCAGAAAAUGGAGUUGUAUUAUCCGACGAAGAAGUUCGUGAACAAGUCGAUACAAUCAUGUUUGAGGGUCACGAUACAACAGCAGCCGGCAGCAGUUUCUUCUUGUGUCUGAUGGGUGCUCACCAAGACGUACAGCAAAAAGUCGUCGAUGAAUUGUACUCGAUAUUCGGUGAUUCCGACAGACCGGUGACGUUCCAAGACACAUUACAAAUGAAAUACAUGGAAAGGUGCAUCAUGGAGACGUUGCGCAUGUACCCUCCAGUUCCGAUUAUCUCAAGGCAAAUCAAUGAGAAAGUUAAACUUGCUUCUAAAGACAUAACCUUGCCGGUCGGUGCCACGAUCAUCAUCGCCACAUUCAAAAUUCACCGCAACGAAGAAACAUUCCCCAAUCCCGAAGUGUUCAACCCCGACAACUUUUUGCCGGAAAAAUCAGCCAGCCGCCAUUAUUACGCGUACGUGCCGUUCAGCGCCGGGCCCAGAAGUUGCGUCGGUCGCAAAUAUGCCAUGUUGAAAUUAAAAAUUAUUUUGUCGACCAUCCUACGAAACUUCAAAAUAAAUAGUAAUUUGACCGAAAAAGAUUGGAAACUCCAGGCUGAUAUUAUCUUAAAGAGGACUGAUGGAUUCAAAUUAAGUUUGGAACCAAGAAAGUCGCUAGCUAAGACCGCUGCUUAA